AUGAGCGAGCAACAACAUCAGCAGCAGCAACCUCAGCAGCUGUACACACAGCAGCAACCUCAGCAGCAGCAGCCUCAGCAGCUGUACACACAGCAGCAGCAGCCAGCAUCGCCCGCCCACGUCUACCAGCCGCCUGCCCACAGCCCGGAUGCCAUUCAACCGCAGGUCGAAAGCCAUCAGGUCCUGCCUCCCAGCUACGACCAGGCCAAGCUGCCGCCUCAACAAGGCGUGCCCAUGCAGGCUCCUGGCGGAGGAGGCCCCGGUCCCGCGACCGUCGUGCCGCUUCACAUGCUCAGCGACGUCCCGCAGCCCAUCGACUGCCCCUUCUGCCACCGUCGCACCAUGACCGAGGUUCGCAAGGAGGGCAGCUCCAUGCAAAUUCUCGUCGGUGUCCUCUUCUGCCUCGUCUGCGUCUGCCUCGCCUGCGUGCCCUGCCUUGCCCACUGGUUCGAGGAUGUCGAGUACCGCUGCAAUCAGUGCAGGAACUUGGUCGCGCGCCGGCGCCACGACGGUCCCCUCGAGGUCUUGGGGCCCCAGGUCACUGUCCAGUCGCAAUACGGCGCCCAGCCGCAGAUGAACGCCCAGCCGCAGCAGCAGCAGCAGACAAAGGGCGUGACCCAGCCUGGUGCCCAACCCCAGCAGUACGAGAUGCAGCCGCAACCUCAGCACCAACAACCUCAACAGCAGUAUUAUGCCCAACAGCAGCAGCAACAGCAGUAUCCUCAGCAGGAGAUUCAGCCCGUCUACAGCCAACCCCAGCAGUAUCAGCAGCAGCACCAGCCUGACCAAAAGCAUUAA